GAGCUGUCCGCACCCCCGGUGCUGAACCAAGAUGGCCGGCGGCGGAGGCCGGGCCCCGGCGUGAGCAGAACGCGGGCUGCAGCCCCGGCCAUGCCCUAGCCCAGUGGCCGCUAAGGUCUACCUGACAGAGCCGGCCCGCCGGCGACCCCGGAGACAUGUCUCUACUUUGCGUUGGAGUCAAAAAAGCCAAGUUUGAUGGUGCCCAAGAGAAAUUCAACACGUACGUGACCCUGAAGGUGCAAAAUGUCAAGAGCACGACCAUCGCUGUGCGGGGCAGCCAGCCCAGCUGGGAGCAGGAUUUCAUGUUUGAGAUUAACCGCCUGGAUUUGGGGCUGACAGUGGAGGUGUGGAACAAGGGUCUCAUCUGGGACACAAUGGUGGGCACCGUGUGGAUUCCCCUGCGGACCAUCCGCCAGUCCAAUGAAGAGGGCCCUGGAGAGUGGCUGACACUGGACUCUCAGGUCAUCAUGGCGGACAGUGAGAUCUGCGGCACCAAGGACCCCACCUUCCACCGCAUCCUCCUUGACACCCGCUUUGAGCUGCCUUUAGACAUUCCCGAGGAGGAGGCGCGCUACUGGGCGAAGAAGCUGGAGCAGCUAAAUGCCAUGCGGGACCAGGAUGAGUAUUCAUUUCAAGAUGAACAAGACAAGCCUCUCCCUGUCCCCAGCAACCAGUGUUGCAACUGGAAUUAUUUUGGCUGGGGUGAGCAGCAGAAUGAUGACCCGGACAGCGCAGUGGAUGAUCGUGACAGUGACUAUCGCAGCGAGACAAGCAACAGCAUCCCGCCACCCUAUUACACUACAUCCCAGCCCAAUGCCUCAGUCCACCAGUAUUCUGUCCGUCCACCACCCCUGGGUUCCCGGGAAUCGUACAGUGACUCCAUGCACAGUUAUGAGGAGUUCUCCGAGCCACGGGCCCUCAGCCCCACUGGCAGUAGCCGCUAUGCCUCCUCGGGGGAACUGAGCCAGGGCAGCUCGCAGCUGAGCGAGGACUUCGACCCCGACGAGCAGAGUCUGCAGGGCUCCGAGAUGGAGGACGAGCGGGACCGGGACUCCUACCACUCCUGCCACAGCUCGGUCAGUUACCACAAGGACUCGCCGCGCUGGGACCAGGAUGAGGAGGAGCUGGACGAAGAACUGGACGAGGAGCUGGAUGAGGACCUGGAGGACUUCCUGGAGGAGGAGGAGGAGCUGGAGGAGGAAGAGGAGGUGCCUGAUGACAUCCGUAGCUACACGCAGCGUGAAGAGGUGGCCGUGGCUGAACCCAAAGACUUUAAGCGAGUCAGCCUCCCAUCGGCCGCAUCUGAGAAGGAGGAGAAGGCUCUGGCUGUAGCUGCCGAGGCCCACGACGUGGCCAAGGGAGCCCCGGAGCCAGGUGCACCCGAGGAGGUGCCCACAGCUGACCGGGCCCCAGAGACGGAAGCUCCCAAGUCUGAGGAGAGUUUCAGGCGACGAGAGGAUGAGGAAGGCCAGGAGGGUCAGGACUCCAUGUCCCGGGCCAAAGCCAACUGGCUUCGAGCCUUCAACAAAGUACGGCUGCAGCUGCAGGAGGCCCGAGGAGAAGGAGAGAUGUCUAAAUCCCUAUGGUUCAAAGGCGGCCCUGGAGGUGGCCUCAUCAUCAUUGACAGCAUGCCAGACAUCCGCAAAAGGAAGCCCAUUCCACUCGUGAGCGACCUGGCCAUGUCCCUGGUCCAGUCCAGAAAAGCCGGCAUCACCUCGGCCUUGGCCUCCAGCACUUUGAACAACGAGGAGCUGAAAAACCACGUUUACAAGAAGACCCUGCAAGCCUUAAUCUAUCCCAUCUCCUGCACGACGCCGCACAACUUCGAGGUGUGGACGGCCACCACGCCCACCUACUGCUACGAGUGCGAGGGGCUGCUGUGGGGCAUCGCGCGGCAGGGCAUGCGCUGCACCGAGUGCGGCGUCAAGUGCCACGAGAAGUGCCAGGACCUGCUCAACGCGGAUUGCCUGCAGCGGGCUGCGGAGAAGAGCUCCAAGCAUGGGGCGGAGGACCGGACGCAGAACAUCAUCAUGGUGCUCAAGGACCGCAUGAAGAUCCGGGAGCGCAACAAACCUGAGAUCUUCGAGCUCAUCCAGGAGAUCUUCGCCGUGACCAAGACCGCGCAUACGCAGCAGAUGAAGGCGGUCAAACAGAGCGUGCUGGACGGCACAUCCAAGUGGUCGGCCAAGAUCAGCAUCACUGUGGUCUGUGCCCAGGGCUUGCAGGCAAAGGACAAGACGGGAUCCAGUGACCCCUAUGUCACUGUUCAGGUUGGGAAGACCAAGAAACGGACAAAAACCAUCUAUGGGAACCUGAACCCUGUGUGGGAGGAGAACUUCCACUUUGAAUGUCACAACUCCUCAGACCGAAUCAAGGUGCGUGUCUGGGAUGAGGAUGAUGACAUCAAAUCCCGGGUGAAGCAGCGGUUUAAGAGGGAAUCUGAUGACUUUCUGGGACAGACGAUCAUCGAGGUGCGGACACUCAGCGGCGAGAUGGACGUGUGGUAUAACCUGGAUAAGCGGACUGACAAAUCCGCUGUGUCAGGUGCCAUCCGGCUACACAUCAGUGUGGAGAUCAAAGGUGAAGAAAAGGUGGCCCCCUACCAUGUCCAGUACACCUGUCUGCAUGAGAACCUGUUCCACUUCGUGACAGACGUGCAGAACAAUGGGGUUGUGAAGAUCCCAGAUGCCAAGGGUGAUGACGCCUGGAAGGUUUACUAUGAUGAGACAGCCCAGGAAAUUGUGGAUGAAUUUGCCAUGCGCUAUGGCGUGGAGUCCAUCUACCAAGCCAUGACCCACUUUGCCUGCCUCUCCUCCAAGUACAUGUGUCCUGGGGUGCCUGCCGUCAUGAGCACCCUGCUCGCCAACAUCAAUGCCUACUAUGCGCACACCACCGCCUCCACCAACGUGUCCGCCUCUGACCGCUUUGCUGCCUCCAACUUUGGGAAAGAGCGCUUUGUCAAGCUCCUGGACCAGCUGCACAACUCCCUGCGGAUCGACCUCUCCAUGUAUCGGAAUAACUUCCCAGCCAGCAGCCCAGAGAGACUCCAGGACCUUAAAUCCACUGUGGACCUUCUCACCAGCAUCACCUUCUUUCGGAUGAAGGUGCAAGAACUCCAGAGCCCACCCCGAGCCAGUCAGGUGGUGAAAGACUGUGUGAAAGCCUGCCUCAACUCUACCUAUGAGUACAUCUUCAACAACUGUCAUGAACUCUAUAGUCGGGAGUACCAGACAGACCCGGCCAAGAAGGGAGAAGUUCCCCCAGAGGAACAGGGACCCAGCAUUAAGAACCUUGACUUCUGGUCCAAGCUGAUUACUCUCAUAGUGUCCAUCAUUGAGGAAGACAAGAAUUCCUACACUCCCUGCCUCAACCAGUUUCCCCAGGAGCUGAAUGUGGGUAAAAUCAGUGCUGAAGUGAUGUGGAACCUGUUUGCCCAGGACAUGAAGUAUGCCAUGGAGGAGCAUGAUAAACAUCGCCUGUGCAAGAGCGCUGACUACAUGAACCUACACUUCAAGGUCAAGUGGCUGUACAAUGAGUACGUGGCAGAGCUUCCUGCCUUCAAGGACCGCGUGCCUGAGUACCCUGCGUGGUUUGAGCCUUUUGUCAUCCAGUGGUUGGACGAGAAUGAGGAGGUGUCGCGGGAUUUCCUGCACGGGGCCCUGGAACGAGACAAGAAGGAUGGGUUCCAGCAGACCUCAGAGCAUGCCCUAUUCUCCUGCUCCGUGGUGGACGUCUUCUCCCAGCUCAACCAGAGCUUUGAGAUCAUCAAGAAACUUGAGUGUCCUGACCCCCAGAUCGUGGGGCACUAUAUGAGGCGCUUUGCCAAGACCAUCAGUAAUGUGCUCCUCCAGUAUGCGGACAUCAUCUCCAAGGAUUUCGCCUCCUACUGCUCCAAGGAGAAGGAGAAACCCUGCAUCCUCAUGAACAACACACAGCAGCUCCGAGUGCAGCUAGAGAAGAUGUUUGAAGCCAUGGGAGGAAAGGAGCUGGAUGCCGAGGCCAGUGACAUCUUGAAGGAGCUCCAGGUCAAACUCAACAAUGUCUUGGACGAGCUCAGCCGGGUGUUUGCUACCAGCUUCCAGCCACACAUUGAGGAGUGCGUCAAGCAGAUGGGCGACAUCCUUAGCCAGGUGAAGGGCACGGGUAAUGUGCCAGCCAGUGCCUGCAGCAGCGUGGCCCAGGAUGCUGACAAUGUGCUGCAACCCAUCAUGGACCUGCUGGACAGCAACCUGACUCUCUUUGCCAAAAUCUGUGAGAAGACGGUGCUGAAGAGGGUGCUAAAGGAGUUAUGGAAGCUGGUCAUGAACACCAUGGAGAAAACCAUCGUCCUGCCACCCCUCACUGACCAGACGGGCACCCUCUUGAGAAAACAUGGCAAGGGAUUAGAAAAGGGCAGGGUGAAAUUGCCAAGCCACUCAGAUGGAACCCAGAUGAUCUUCAAUGCAGCCAAAGAGCUGGGUCAGCUGUCUAAACUCAAGGACCACAUGGUACGAGAAGAAGCCAAGAGCUUGACCCCGAAGCAGUGUGCAGUAGUCGAACUGGCCCUGGACACCAUCAAGCAAUACUUCCACGCAGGUGGCGUGGGCCUCAAGAAGACCUUCCUGGAGAAGAGCCCAGACCUGCAGUCCCUGCGCUACGCCCUGUCCCUCUACACGCAGGCCACGGACCUGCUCAUCAAGACCUUCGUGCAGACGCAAGCAGCCCAGGGCUCGGGUGUGGAAGACCCUGUGGGUGAAGUUUCAGUCCACGUGGAGCUCUUCACUCAUCCAGGAACUGGGGAACACAAGGUCACUGUGAAAGUCGUGGCUGCCAAUGACCUCAAGUGGCAGACUUCUGGCAUUUUCCGGCCAUUCAUCGAAGUCAACAUCAUUGGGCCCCAGCUCAGCGACAAGAAACGCAAGUUUGCCACCAAAUCCAAGAAUAACAGCUGGGCCCCCAAGUACAACGAGAGCUUCCAGUUCACGCUGAGCGCCGACGCGGGCCCGGAGUGCUACGAGCUGCAGGUGUGCGUCAAGGACUAUUGCUUCGCGCGCGAGGACCGCACCGUGGGGCUGGCCGUGCUGCAGCUGCGGGAGCUGGCCCAGCGCGGGAGCGCCGCCUGCUGGCUACCACUGGGCCGCCGCAUCCAUAUGGACGACACGGGCCUCACGGUGCUGCGCAUCCUGUCACAGCGCAGCAACGACGAGGUGGCCAAGGAGUUCGUCAAGCUCAAGUCGGACACGCGCUCCGCCGAGGAGGGCGGUGCCGCGCCUGCGCCCUAGCGCGGGGCACGCGAGCGGGCAGCACUGCGCCUGCGCACGGGGCGGGGCGACGUCUGCGUGCUGGGACCUCCCAGAGGGCGAGUCUCGGGGCUCUGUGCAGAGGGCUGGCUGCGCCUGCGCCCUUGACUUAGCUCGCCCUUCUCGGGAACUGUGAACGGACGACGCCCCGCCCCCUCAAGAGGCCACGCCCGAGGGCGCGAUGAGGGAAGAAGCCACAUCCUCUACUGGAAGCCAAGACCCCAGCGCCUAGGGGACCUGUCGAGCUGGGAUGGGAGGAAGUCCCGCGCCCUACGGAGGAGGCCAGAUUCUGGGGCCCUGGUACGGGUAGGCCCUGUCUCCUGUCCCCUGGAAAAGCCAUAAGAUGGGUCCCCAACCCUUGGGGCCCAAGACCAAUUGCCAAGUAUGGAACUCUCAGCUCCCUCGAGGGGCGGGCCCUGGGCAAGGGGCAGGGCUUCCUGGAGCGCCCCCUGGGGUGGCCUAGGGGUUGGAGGCCCUAGGAUGCUGGUUAGAGGGCCCAGGUUGGACCAGAGUGUCUUUUCGUGUUUGUGCAAAAAAUAAAUGGGGAGGGAGGGGAGGAUGGGAUUUCAAAAGCACAUGCGCCCUCGGGCGCCCAAACCCUGGGGGCCAAGUGGAUGGCUCUGAAGCACCUGCGCCGCCCCCACUUCCCUAUGGGGGGUUGCCUCUCCUUUUCCCCCCACAUACCCCAUCCUCAUAUCAUAAAGUUCAACUCACCCAUUUAACAGAUGGCAAAACUGAGGGCCAGAGAGCUGCUUGAGACUUUGCUGAAGGUCCCAGUGCCACACCUUCUCCCCACUCCCUUUGGCCUGUGUGCCCCAUCUAAGGGUGGGCUGAGAUCGGAUGACCCGACACAGCUCCCCAUUGCUGCUAACCCCUCCUCAGGGGACCUCCCUCAAUCCUCACAAGGGAUGGGGGUUCUGGGCCAAGGCCCCCACUGCCCCCCUCCCAUGUCUGGCUGCCAAGCAAAACCCCUGCCCUCGGCCCUUUCCACUGGGACCCUAUGGGGGAGAUUCCCUGAGAACUCUGGUAGAUCUCCCACCAAAAAAGAGAGUGAGGAUUUGGGAUUCCCUGGACCCAGGCACCCCCUGAACCCCUUCUUCCUCUCCCAGAAUUCUCCAGGCAGGCAAGAAAGAGACCAGAAACUCUAGGUGUGUGUGUGUGUCUGUGUGUGUAAAUAUACAAACAUGCUUGGAGCUUAGUCUCCAAAAUCUCACUCAUUCAUUCAAACACCAUGCCACAGGAUACCCCCAGGUGGGGGGCCUCUACUGCCUGAAGCUCUUCCUCCAAGAGGCAAUAGUGGGACAAUCCGGCCAGAGUCAAGUUUCCGCAUUGAGUUCAUGCAGGCAGAAACUCUUGGGAAAGUUUGUCCUGGCUUGUCUUUGCCCAGAAUCUGCUUUUCCAUAUUGGAUGGGUGCUUGUGUGCCAUUUUUCUUUUUCCUGCCGGACUGACAAGUACAGGAUUCUCUUGUGCUAGGAGGAAAUUAAAACAGGGUCGAGGUGAGGAGCAGCCGGGCUCCUGUAGUUGCAGGGACUGGAUCAGACAGGAAAGUGAGGGAGGGCUUUCUGAAUAGGUGAAAAAGGAGAAGGAACCACCUAUUAGAGAGAAAAAGCUCCAGGCAGAGGGAACAGUAGGUGCAAAGGCUGAGGUGGGCAAGCUUGAAGCACAGCGAGGUCAAUGUGGCUGACGAGGGGGAUAACAGGGAGGAGGUGUUGAUGUUGGGGAGACCUGCAGAGAUGUCAGACCAGGCAGGGCCUUGUAUGCUGCCCCAGGAAGUUUUUAUUUUAUGCUGAGAGACUUGGGGAGCCCCGGGAGAUUUUAAAGCAGAGGAGAGUCUAGAUGUCAGGUUUCAAAAGCUCCCUCUGUCCACCUCAUGGAGAAUGGACCAGUGGAGUUUGUUGGAGAGGCAAAGUGCUUUUGGGACACUGAUAUUAAUUCCUGGAAAGAUUUUGGAGGAUAAAUUAAAAAAAAAAACCCCACCCCUUAGAUGAGCCCCGGUCCACUGGGUACAGUUGUCCACAUUAUGCACUGCCCAAGGGUUUGGCAUUUCUAAGGAGGCCAUGUGCAAAUCCUAGGCAUUGAGAGUUGUAUGUUUAUAUUGAUGGUUUCCUGGCACGUGAACAAGCCUGGAAGAAAUGGCACUAUUUUCUCAGUUACCUGGAGGUGCUGUAUGUCCCCUGAAUUUAGGCAGAAUCAGGUGCCUGAAGGUUGUGAACCAGAUAUUAAGAUGCAAGUUCUGCUACGGGGUGUAGGGGGAAGGGGCAGGCGCCAGGGGCAGGCUGGGAGGUGGCAAGAAGGGAGCUUAGAAUCUCUCGCAGGGACUGAGAGGCAGAUUUUAAAUUCCGACCAUCCAAGGGGUAGGUGGGAGUAAGGUGGAUAGAUGAUUUGGGUUGAGAACACCAGCAACACCCAAAGGGGAGGUAACGUGACCUCCGGUGAGCCCUGAAAGAUUUAUGGAUGACCAGCAGGAAAAGGAGGAGCUGAGCUUCUGCCUGAGAGAGCCAACUUGUUUCCCAAAAGAGGACUUGGGAGUCUCUGGUCAAGGCCUGCCAUUGUGAGUGUGUGUGUGUGUGUGUAGAGUUCCCCAGCAGCAGCCCAGGCACACGGAGGGAGCUUCAGGGAGUAUUUGUUGAAUGACUUUUUCUGACUCCUAGGCUAGAACUGUUUUGGAAAUUUACUCCCUCUUCUUUCCCCCAGAGAACUCCUAUUUAUCCCUCAAAACCCAUCACAAAUAUCCUCUCCUGUAGAAAACUCUCCCCGCUCCUCCUCAGGACUUCCCAGCCUCUGUCCCUACCUUCUGUCCCUGAUGCCAGGGGGCUGCAGGGUGUCUGUGACAGGCUCUGUUUCCCCCAGACUGGGGUCUGAGGCCUCUUGAUAGCCCCAAGUUCACCGAGCACAGACAGGGCACAGGGGGAUGACAGGGAGGGUAUGCCUAGUAGAAUUAUGUCUUGAGGUAGGGGGUCCACAUGCGUGUCUAUCCGUGUCUGUCCAUACCAACCUUCCCCUCCCACAUAGACCUGGGCACACAAAAGGUGUUCCAGCCAGACUGUGGCCGAGUCACAGGACAGAGUGGAGAGAGGACGAGAGCAGACAAGGAGGAGACAGAAAAGGAGUCUCAGGGCCUGGAAGCCUUUGGAACUAGGAAGUUCCUGUAUUGGAACAGGCUCAGAGAGGACCAGUGUUUCCCCCAAGGCCACUCACCACCUCAUCUGGAGUGCCCAAAGUUCUGAGCCCUGGUGGGGCCUCAGGGUUGUAUUUGGACCUCAUUUCAUGCCAGGAACUGGCCCUAGAGUUCCAUGGGUCAUAGAAAGGAUAAAGUAGGCCCGUGGUGGGGGUGGGGGAGGGGGAGUGUGACAUUGAGGGGCAUCUUGGACAGAGCCGAUCCCUUCUCCCUGCGCCCCCACCCCCCAAGAGGGACAGUGUCCCAGAGUAAGGACACAGAGAAGAAGAGGGAAGGUUGGAGAGAGAGAGAAGGGGAGAAAUCGGGAGGGUGAGAUCAUGCCCAGAGAGACCUUGAGGGUCUCUGGGGGGACACAGAGCAACCCUGAGAUGGAGAGAGACUCAGAGAGGGGAGAAAAGCUGGGGAUCUAGAAGGAAGAGGAACCCGCUGUUCUCUCUGGCUCUCACCAGUCCAUCCUGGAAGGAUUUGUGUUAAACGAGCCAGUGCCUGGCCUUGACCCGCAAUCCCUCUCGGGCUCCAGAGCCUGAAACCUCACCGUGCCCCCAUCAGAGAUGCAAAAAAACUUAACACCCAACUAGAAAUCUUUGGGACCUCAGAGACCUUUCUGUCCCCCACACCCUGCGCUGUUCAUUUUGCAGAUGGGGACACUGAGGGGCGGGGCAGAGCAGGGACAGCCCGGAGUUGCCCUUCACUCUGCUGCCCCAGUGGAGCUGGAGGGGAGCUCGCUGGGGGGUUUGGUUCAGAUCACGACACCGUCUGCCCCCUGAACAUCCUUUCCUAAGAAUUGUCAAGGACCAAAGUCGUCUUCGCUGACACGUGUUGCUUUUCUCUUUGCCUUUUAUUUUUUUAAAGAGAGAAAUCAAGUUGACGGUGUCAAGUAAGACCUCCCCCCUUCCUCGACCCCUGCCUAACCAUAGUGGCUCUCUUGAGGCACAGGUCACAGGUGGAGGGUCCGCCCCCCCCCGUGCAUCCCAGGCCAUACAGCCAGAGGGAUUCACAUUUCACCCCUGACCCUGGCCCCCCCCCGAGACCCCCAAACCCGGCCACGCAGUCCAGGGAGGCUCUUCCUCCACACACCUUCUCUUAGCAUGUGAUUGCAAAUGUGAACUCAAAAUGCCGUUUGUUUGUCUGUUUGAAUUCCAUCCCGUUGGUCUGGCAUCUGCACAGAUGCCCCCAUUUCUCUGUAAAUACGUGACUUGGAACAAAUGUUUAAAACCAACGAGAAGUGGUCAUGAAUGCAUGGUGUUGAGAUGUUUUGCACUAUUCUGACUUUUUGGUCUCUGUAAAAAUAUUUUAUUAACAGCAGACAUUAAAAAAAGAAAAAGCACACAGCCUCAGACGCGCGCUGGC